AUCUUGCAAGUACAUCGGGCAUGGGCAACAACAACAGAAAUAUCAGCAACAGCAGCAACAACAACAACCACAACAGCAACAACAACAACAGCAACAGCAACAGCAACAACAGCAACAGCCGGGUAUUUUUUGCCCACACGCCGUGCCGCUUCCCAAUGGCGUCGCGAUCAGCAUUAGCCAGCGUGCCCUCGGCCGUGGUAGCUACACGCUCCGCGUCAUGCGGCGGCACUCUCGCCGCUGCCGCAGCGCCGCUCCUCGUCGCAUCCGAUCCCUUCGCCGCGUUCAGUUAUCGUGAAUCGCGGCGAGUAGAUCUACCUUCCGGCUCGCUGACGACUGCUGCGUCCCCGCCGCAACAGACGGCGCCGUAUCCAUCAGGACCAGUCCCGUCGGAACCGUCCGAUAUUUCCAUCGCUCAACCGCACUCCAUUCCCGCCGCGUCUCCCGGCGCUGCUGCUUCCGCUGCUAGUAGCAUCCCCGCUCCCCCGCUCACCCACAUCCAAUCCGAAUCGCACCUCGCCGUCCGCCCGCCGUCCUCCCAUAUCCUAGGCAGUGACGUGGCUCGCUCACUCCUUUCGCAAAUCGCGCUGACGUCGGCAUGGCCUCCUCGACGAAAGAUCGUCGCAACUUCGCACUUUCAAAGCCACGUGGUGCGACGCGGGCUCAGCAGCAGCAGAACAGCAGGAUCAACGGCGAGCAUUUUCUCUCGAUCAACGGCUGGGAUUGCUUCUGGAGCAACGGGUAGCAGCGAUGGGAAGGAUGCAGGAGAGGAGGGCGUAGCGGCUGUAUCUGGGGGAGGUUUGUCCACUGAAUCUGUUGUAUUGGGUUCAGCUACAGACAAUCUGGCGCUCCCGCAUGUAACGGAUGGUGACUAUAACGAGGGACAUCAUGACAAUGACGCGUCAGAUCCGAGCGACGUUGGCCACUCGGCAUCCGACGUGGCAGACGCCACGCCAGCCACGCAGGGCACGUCGGGGGCGACGGAAAGCAACGUCAUCAUCGAUCACGGCAGGGACCGCGGCUGGGGCCCGCGCAAGCUUGCGUCGGACGAGCACUUGGCGGAAGCCGCCGCGCGGAGGGCGUCGGGGCUGGCGACAGUGGUGGAGCUGAACCGCGCGCUGGGGACGCUCAUCGCCAGCCAGCGGUUCCGCGAGGCCGUUGCGCUGUUCUGCGCGUGGGGGGAAAAGGUGGAUGGUGCGGCGGAAGGGGGAAGUGGAACGCAGGUUGCGGGGGACGGGGGGAGCGAAACCGUGCUGGGGGAAGCAGCUGCGCCUGCUGCUGGCGCGGAUGCGGCUGGGGAGGCUGGGGAUGGUGGGGGGCAGGCGGAAGGGCGGGGAAGCGGAUCCGCAGAGCCGGGGGGGAAACAGCAAGAGGCGCUGCCCGUGGUGACGUGGAACUACUACCUGCACGCGCUGAUGCAGCUGGGGCGGCCGGCGCACGCGCUGCAGGGAGUGGUGGGCGAGAUGCGGCGCAAGGGCGUGCAGCCCAACGCGCUGUCGUUCAACGCGCUGCUGAGAGCCGCGUUCGGGGAGAGGGACGUGGGGAGAGCUGCGCGGAUCAUGGACGACAUGCGGUCGCUGGGGGUAAAGCCCGAUGCCGACUCCUUCAACCUGGUGAUCGCCCUGUACGCCAUGGACCGCCGAGUGCCCAUGGCGCUGAGGCACACCCACGACAUGCUGGCGGCGGGCAUGGAGCCGUCCAAGGCCGCCUCCAACGAGCUGCUCAUCGCGUGUGCGAGAACACGGCGGUCGAGAGACGCCAUGACCGUGCUCAAGGAGACUCAGGCGCACGGCAUCAUGCUGGUGCCCAGCACCAUGGUGGACGUGCUCAUGGCAGCCGUGGAGUCGGAAGACGCUGAGUGCGCGCUGCUCGUCAUGCAGAUGCUAGCGCAGCGGCGCAUGGCCAUUGACGAGGGCUCCCUCCUCCUCGCGCUCAACCUGGCAGCCAGGGAGGGCGCCACAGCCCUGGCAGAGCAGGCGUGGGCGUACCUGGCGGGCACGGGGCUGGCUGCCAUCCCCCCCGCCUUCCACCUCGCCCGCAUCCACGCCUACAGCACGGCCAGGGACUUCCCCUCCGCCUUCCGCUCCAUCCUCGAGCUCCAAGACUCGCUCUCCCCCACUGCCGCUGCUACUGCUUCCUCCUCCUCCGCCGCCACCCCAUCUUCAGCUGGUGGUGGGGGUGAGGAUGUGGGGCUCACAGGGGGAGAAGAGGAGGAGGUGACACAUGGCGGCGUGUCAUUGGAGGAUCUGAACCCGCUCACAUUGCUGAGGCCGGUGACGCUCGCCCUCUGCUCGCACGUGGAUGUGCUCGAUAACGCGUACUACUCAUUGGAGCAGAUGCACCAGGGAGGAGAGGUUGUACCACUAGCGGCCCUCAACUGCAUUGUGGCGGGGUGCGCCAUGCAGCGGGACGUGGAGCGCGCGCAACUCACCUUUGACGAGAUUGAGAGGACGUUUGGGCUGCAGCCGGACGCGCACUCGUACACGGCGCUCAUGGAGUGCUAUGGCGGCGUGGCCGAUGUGCGCACGGUGGUGCAGCUGUUUGAGCACAUGACGCGCACGCUGCACCUGCCGCCCUGCAUGGACUCCUUCACCAUCCUCGUGGAUGCCCACAUCCGCGCAUUUGAUGCCCAGGGGGCGUGCAUCGCCAUGGACAAGAUGGUGGAUGCUGGCUUUGUGCCCUCCCGCCCCCUCUUACUUCGCCUGCGCCGGCGCUGCCUGUGCUCGGGCCUUACAGCAGGGGCAGACAGGGCGGAGUGGCUCAUGCGCUCACUGCGGUACCGAACGAUGAAUGCCGAUGAGAGGCGGCGCCGCCAGCAGCUGGCGCAGCUGCCGUCCUCCCUGGGGGAUCCCCGGCCUGCUGGCAGGAUGCGGGGGGGAGGGCAGCGAGGGGGGGAGCAACAGUGGGGAGAGCAGCGGUGGGGAAGACAGCAAUGGCAGCAUCAAAAGCAGCAGGGGCAGCAAGGGCAGCAAGGGCAGCAGGGGCAGCAGGGUCAGCAAGGGCAGCAGGGGCAGCAGGGGCAGCAGGGGCAGCAGGAGCAGCAGGAGCCGCAGGGGGGACAGCAGCAGCAGCAAGAGUGGCAGCAGGAGCGGCAGCAAGAGGCAGAGGAGGCACCUUCCCCUAGUUUGUGAUUGUAGGUCGCAGCUGAGUCAGGUGCUUUCUUUGCUGCACAACCGACUGCUGGUGGUCGAAUGCAGGGAGGGGAGCAGCAGGGGAACAGCAGAACAUGCAGUGUGAGGGAGGAUAGGCAUCCCCUUCCGUUCUAGGUCUUGCUCUUGUGAGCAGGCCUGUCGUUAUCAGGGUAUUUUACCCUGAUUCCCUGAUUUCACAGGGUAUUUUUUUUGCCAACCCUUAAUUUUCAGGGUUGGACUUUUCUUAACCCUAGCCCCUUCAGGGUUGUAAGUUUCUGAACACUUGGGAUUUCAGGGAUUGCGUUAUGCCAAUACUAAGUUUUCAGGGAGCAGCGCGUAUGAACCCUGAGUGCGACAUCCAUGUGCCUCACAGCCCUGAAAUUUCGGCGAAGGCUGACGUUUCAAAAAAAACCACCCUGAGCUGUCGAAUGGGGAAAUUUUUUUACCCUGAGGGCCUAGUGUUGGUAUUUUGACUUCCCUGAUUUCUCAGUGUUCUGGAAUUUACAACCCUGAAACCUCCAGGGUUGGCUUGCAACAAUCAGGGUUGCAUUGUACUUGGGAAAAAAUCAACUAGGAAUGUACAG